AUGCAGAUCGAUAUUGCAAGAUACAGCAAAUUGAUAUCCCUGAAGGACACUGGCCAUAAUGAAGAGAGAGAGAAGAAGCUGCUUGACAGGUCUCCUCCUGGCCAUGAGGGUACCAAGUCUGUCGACAUUCCUGCCACAGUUCUCGAUGUCACCGGUGCCAUCAUCGUGUGGUAUCUCCCAGGUGCACUCACAGGACACCACCCAGGUAUUUCAGAUCCUUCAUCGCCCGAUGGAUCCAGACCACUGGAUAUACUACAGGAAGAAAUUUGGAAGGCCUCGCAAUUGCUGACUCCCACACAUGAAAAAAGUGUCAAAGUCGGGGGCAGUUGGAGGACCAAUGAAGAGUGGUUUGGCCAAGGCUCCAGGAAUGGUGACAUCACUGCCGGAUGCAUCAAUAUAUCCCUGGCUUGGUUUCAGCAGGGGCAUGAGACUGUCUCAGACCUGGAGGUAUCUGCUUCAUUGAAGGGUCCACUUUCUGAGGAUAUCCUCAAGGCUAUUGCGAGGCCAGUGGCUAUUGCCUCAGCAGCACUCAGGGCAUGUGAGUCUUUUCAAGCCUUGUGGUUUGACAUUCUCACAACUGUGGGGAAUUAUUCUAAUGCUUGCAUGAGCAUGCCAAGCCUUCAGCUGGAGUUCAUGUAUGAUCCUGGGGUCAUGAUCACAUUUUCAGGAAGGAUAGUCAGGCAUGGGGUUCAUGAAGUAGCAGGGGAUCAGGUUGCUUGGGCAUAG